CCACGCCACUGUCGCCCACCAGGAUGGUCUGAAGGGAGCAAUGGAGAGGCGGGAGCUGCAGUGUAAAGCAGACUCAUCGUAUAUCAUCUCGGGACCAAAAGAAGUGAGAGGCGGGGAGUGGCACUCAUUGUCUGUGCAGUGUCACUAUGACCCAGGGUGGGAGACCUACAGGAAGUGGUGGUGCCGUGGGCAUGACUGGCUUAGCUGUGAGAUCCUCAUUAUAACCAAUGGAUCAGAGAUGGUGAAGAAGAACCGUGUGUCCAUCAGGGACCAUCCGAGAAGCCUCAUGUUCACUGUGAUCAUGAAGGAGCUCAGGCGGGAAGACACAGACACUUACUGGUGUGGGAUUGAGAGAACUGGAUCUGACCAUGGGGUCCCUGUUAAAGUGACCAUUGACCCAGCACCAACUACAGUGUUGACCCCCACCUCUGCCAUCACCUCCACUGCCAACGCGUUCACAGUACCAGACACCCCAGAAGACACCACAGGCUUCCUGAAUGUGACCAACCACCACUCCGAUGGCAGUGGCGACUCCCUGCAGCUCUGCAUCUCCCUGCCCCUCUUCAUUGUUCUGUUGCUGCUUGUCUUGGCGGCAGUCUCGCUGUUGGUGUGGAGAGUGGUGAGGCGACAGAAGGAAGCUGCUGGGAUACCCCCAGAGCAGGUGCUCCAGCCCCCGGAGGACAAUGUCUGCUAUGCCAACCUGAACCUGAAGCAGACAGAAGCCUCGCCCAGCUCCCCCAGGAAGAGGGCCCCCACGCAGCCCUCCUCCUCUGCCCAGGACGACCAGGGGGAAGUGGAGUACAUCACCAUGGCCCCCUUUCUGGGUUCGGAUGUUUUUUAUGAGGCUCUGUCUCUGGACACCUUGGAUCAGGACUCAAUCUACAGCAACACACAGGACCUCAUCACCCCCCUCCCAAGCAGGAGCCAGGAGGAGCUCAUCCAGUUCAGUGCCAUCAGGAAGCCUUAGCUGUGCAAGGACCCCCUGCCCAACCCCACAUGAGGCCUGUCAGCACAUUCCUGCCUCGUCUGCUUUCUGCUCCCAGUCCUCUCACCACUCCCAGCCCGGAACUGGGCUCCAAGCCUGGUCUCAGGGGGAUUCUGGGAGAUAGGAAGGGGUCUCCCACUUCCCUUCCUCUCCCUCAUAGUUUGGGAAGAGGCUGGGCUAUGGGCUGGGCAGCUGAGGGAGGAAUAAUGAUGAUCAUGACAAUAAUAGUAAUGAACCUUUAUUGCUGCCAUGUGUGGUGGGUUGAAUAUGAUUCUAUGUGUGCUAAUCUCCAGAACCCGUGAGCAUUAGCUUCUAUGGCCAUAGGGGCUGGGCAGAUGUAAUUCAAUGAAGGGUUUGGAGAUGCGGAGAUUAUUCUGCAUUAUCCCGGCAGGCCCUAAAUAGAACCACAAGGGUCCUCCUUAUAAGAGGGAGGCAAGAAGGUCACAAGAGAAGGGGCUGUGAUGACGGAAGCAGAGGUUGGAAUGAUGCGGCAAGGAGCCAAGGAAAGCUGUAGCCUCUAGAAGCUGGAAAAGUCAAGGACUGGAUGCGUCAGAAGGAACCAGCCUCGCGGAGACCCUGACUCCAGAACUGCAGGAGAAUAAAUGAACGUUGUUUACAUGAAGCCACUAAUUGAUGCGGCAGCAUUGGAAACGAACGCCCUAUUGUGGCAGGUGCUCUUUUUCCUAAGUGCUCUCCCUACAGUAACUCAUCCAAUCUUCACAGCAGCCCUCCUGGGCGCCUCCAUUACUGCCCCAUUUUACAGAUGAAGAGUCAAGGUCCAGAGAGGUUCAGUGACUUACCGAGUUUUUUCACCAGCAGACGGAUGAGUUGGAAUUUGAACUCGGGCAGAGUCUGGGCCACCACCCUGCACUGUGGGUCUAGGGAGGAUAGUGUGUGUGUGUGUGUGUGUGUGUGUGUGUGUGUGUGUGUGUCUGUGUGUGUGCGCGCAGGCACCUGCAUUCACACAGGGAUAGUUAGUGAACAUUUACAAACUCCGGACUGACCACGCUUCCUCUAGAGUCUGGGUAACCCUCUCUCCAGAGCAUGUCCCGAAUCCUGUCCAGUCCCAUUGUCUCCAUGGUGACCAGCCUCGUCCAAGCUGCCAUCCAUCCCCUGGCUGGAGUCCCUCUUUCCAUCUGUGUCCAUUCUUCCAGCAGCUAGACCUGCUCACUCCCUGCUUGUCACCCUCGGGCGGCUUCUUCCGCAGCCUAUGGGGCCACCGGGACCCCAUGGUCCCUGCCUGCGCCUAUGACCCUGUCUCUGCCAGCCUUCCUGCCCCUCGCUGUCCUUCACCCCCAGGGGCCUUCCUGCUGUCCUUGGAACUUAAUAAGGCUUGUUAACCCUCCCCUGAGGAUGUAUAUUUUUUCCGUUGAUUUUCUUAGAGAGAGUGGAAGGGAGAGGGGGAGAUAGAGAGACAGAGAUAGAGAGAAAACAUGAUGUGGGAGAAACACAUCAAUUGGUGGCCUCAGGGUCGGGGGCCUGGAAGUGUUUAGGGGCCAUUAUCAGCGGGUCCUGGGGCUGGCCUCACUUCUCACAGCUGUGGACACCCAAGGGGCCUGGGGAUGAUGGUGGCCAUGCCAGCAUGAUUCUGCUCUCCCUCCCGGGGGAAUUCCCUAGCAUGGCCACAGCUUUACGAUCCGAUCGUGGGGAAUUUGCAGAGCCCUGACAAGCUUACAUAUUCUUGGGCUGGUCAUUUGUGCUGCUGGGGUCAGAGAGAGACCGUGUGACCCUGGCCGUUUUAGGAUUUACACCGAACAGGAAGUGUCGACAGAGAGAUCUUUAAAUGGAAAAGGUCAACGUUGAGCAAAUUCAGAGUGAGUCAAAAUAGAAAAA